ACAAAAGAAAAAAAAAUCGAAGAAAAUUCUGUGAAUCAAUUGAGAAUUUUGCGUUGAAAAUUUGUGUGUAUUUUGCGUGUUGCCAGCCGGGCAAAAGUGAAACGCGAGCCAAAAGACGCGUUCCGUGACGCCAUCAAUGCAUCAAAGUCGCCGCUUUCAAUGCUAAAGAUGCGAUUUCUUAGUCACAAUAGUCGGUCGUCGUCUCUGAUAAAAUCAAUAACCACAAUCAGUAUUAUCGCUUUAUUUCUAGUCGCACUACUUUCAAUCUGCCAGCAUGUCGAGGCGUCCUCAGAGAAACUAGGCGAUCCCUACAAGAUACUGGGCGUCGAUCGACGUGCCUCGCUGCAAGACAUCCGCCGCGCUUACAAACAACUCGCCAAGGAAUGGCAUCCCGAUAAAACGGAUAAUCCGGAUGCGGAACGGAAAUUUGUGGAGAUCAAGCAGGCGUACGAGCUGCUGUCGGACUCGGAGCGUCGAAAAGCCUACGACUUGCACGGAAUCACGAAUGAGGAUGCUCGACUGAAUCGGGACCAGCAUGACUACAGUCAGUAUGGGAGAUUUGCAUUUGAUCCGUUUGACGAUUUUUUCGGGUCGCAUCGCUUCACGUUUCACGAUCAGGACAUUUCGUUGUUCCACAAGUUGCUAAUCACGGCCAAAUAUUACGAAACUCAGGUGGUGCCCAAGAGCCAUACGACGCCGCAUAUUCUCUUCUUUUACGCCGAUUGGUGCUUUUCGUGCAUGAAGGCGGCGGGCACGUUCAAAAAGUUGCUGGAUUCGCUUGAGCCGCUCGGCGUGACAUUUGCCACCAUCAAUGCCGGGCUGGAGAAUCAACUGGUACGACGCAUUGGCGUGCAUUCACUGCCUUGUAUCUCGCUGGUGCUGGAUGGACACAAUUAUUUGUACAAGGAGCCGGCACUUAGCAUACCGAAAAUUGUUGAUUUCGUUCGCCUCAAACUGCCAUACAAGCUCUUGGGCAACGUGAAAGACGACAAUGUCGAUGCAUUUUUAAGCGGAUGGACAGACAAUCGUGUACGUGCCCUCGUCAUGGAGCCCCGUAGUCAACCGCGUCUCCGUUAUCUCAUUGCUGCAUAUCAUUUCCGGCAUCUCGUGGCAUUUGGCUUCGUGCAACUCAACUCGCCCGACACCAAGGAGAUCCAGCAUCGCUACAAAGUCAAUCCGAGUCUCGAUUCCGUGCACGUCUUCAACGAGGACAGCUCGAAGCCCGUCGCCAGCGUUCAAAUGUCCGACAUUCCCUCCGAAACGCUCAACGUUGUCAUCAAGGUGAAUCGGUAUCUGGCACUGCCGCGUCUCUCGUCGCAAGAAAUGCUCGACGGCAUCUGCCCCGCCGAGUGGAAUCGCCCACGAAAACGGUUGUGCGUCAUUUUGGUCACGGAAAAUACGGAAAUGCAUGACAGGGCGCGCGAUACUUUGCGUCGCAUCGCUCUGCAAUCGUCCUACAGCACGGAACGCGUUCGCUUUGCGUACAUUUAUCAGAACAAACAAUCGGAUUUCAUUAAUUCGUUGAGUGCACAUGGCAGACCGGAUGACACGCUGUUGCGAAUUGUGGUGAUUUGGCGUCGCGACAUGAAACACGUCAAGUACGAGUGGAUCCAUGAGACAGAUUUGCAUGUCAGUGACCAUCAAGCGUUGGAUAAUGAGACGUACGAAGGUGUCGUGAACAAGACUAAGCUCAAAAUCGAUACCGUUAUUCAAACUUUGCUGCGACCGAAUGAAGCUUUGAGUUACGAGGCAGAAGUGAAGGACUUGCUAGACGAGCACGCGCAAGGCUUAAUUUUCCGCAUUGUCACCAAACUCUACACUUCUCUGGAAUAUUUCAUUGACAAUCUCGGCAGUGAGCAUAUUUGGCCGGCGCUUUCGGUGUUGGCGACUAUUUUGUUCAUCCUCGCUGUUGGCUAUUUGAUGUCGUAUCUCGUGCGCAUGGAAGAAGACACCGUCAAACGGAACGAAACCAAGGACCAAUUAAAUAAUAAUGCACCGCGAGACAAUUAUGUUCAAGAAUUGAAGCUUCAUGAGCUGAGAGCUGAAAAAUAUAACGGAUUAGUUCGUCUUUUGAAGCCAGGUUGUCGUACAAUCGUCCUCAUCACCGACUUGCAGUCACGACCAAAAUUGAUUCCCGCAUACCAUCGUGCGGUUUGGCCCUACAGAAAAAACAAAACACUGAUGUUCUCGCAUAUGUUAAUCGAGAAAGGUCUCGCUUGGUAUUCGGAGUUGUUGCGAUUGUCUCUAUCGGAGUUGCGUGAUUUGAACAUUAAUCCACGUAAUUGCAUCGGAACCGUCAUUGCUCUCAAUGGACAUCGUAAAUAUUUUUGCAUGUAUCAUGCAAAGCAUCCAGAAUCUAGUCGUGGCGCGAAGCGAAUGAUCAAAAUGACGCGUCACCUGAGUGCAUCGCCAACGGAUCCCGAGGCAGGUGCCUUCCUGGGCAUGGAUUCCGAUGACUCGGACAUCUCCACAGACGUUUCAGAGCCGAAAAUUCUGCUCGAAGAAAACCUACUCGAUGGCUUGAGUAACUGGCUCGACCGCUUAUUCGAGGGCACCACACAUCGUUACUACAUCAACUAUUGGCCCGACUUUACCACAAAAUAAGUGUCAUGAAUUAUGUUUAUCAACACAAGGGAUUGUUCAGACUAUUUUUUUUUGUUUCUCAUAAAAAAAACAACGUGUUUGUUACCUCAGUUCGUUUUUAAGUGAAUUUAUUUAUAUUUGUGAUUAGUUUCAUGUUUAAUUUUAAUGAAUUAGGAUUUUAAGACGAAAAAACCCACAAAGUCCGCCAAAGAUUAUAUUUUAACCGAUUUCUUAAAAUUUUCGUAAGAUAUUAAUUUUUAUCAUUUUUUGACACCGAAAACCCUCCUCUCUGAUAUAAAAAAAUAAUUUAAAACAAAAAAAAACUUAAAAAUAAUAUUUAUCGAAAAAAAUCAAUUUCUUUGAUUAAAUCGCACUUUUUUCAUAUAAAGAAAAUCAACCUAGCAAAAUAUAUUAAAAAUAGGCCAAAAAUAAUCAAAGAAUGCAAAAAUUAGACAAAUUUAGAAUAAUUUUUAAGAUCAACUCGGAAAAAUAAGACAAAAUCAUUCGAGUUGAAGCACUUUUCACAUCUUUACAUACUCAAACUCAUGCAAGUCCUUUUUGAAUAAAACAAAAAAAAAACAUUAAAUAAAAUCAUAGCCUUACAUGAUAAAAAAAAUAAUAAAAAUAAAAUAAAAAUAGGAAAUUUUUAUC